AUGGUCCGUCUCAACACCCUCCUCCCGCUGGCGGCCACGACGGCCGUCGCCGUCUCGGCGAGCUACGCACCCGGGCGGCGCGCCGACACCGACGUUCUCGUCUCGUCGCAGGUGCUCGGCAAGCCCUUCCCCUACGAAUUCCCCAGGAACGGCCAGGAUGGCUCCAAGCUCUUCCCCGUCGAGGACUGCCACGGCGUCAACUUUGAAGAGGUCGACAUCGACCAGAUCCAGUCGUGGAUGUCGUCCGGCAAGCUCACGUCGCAGCAGGUGGCCCAGUGCUACCUCCAGCGCAUCAACCAGGUCGACGGCUACGUCAACGCCAUCAUGGAGCACAACCCGGACCUCAUGACCAUCGCCGCCGCCCUCGACGAGGAGCGCAAGCAGGGCAACGUCCGCGGACCCCUCCACGGCGUCCCCUUCAUCGUCAAGGACAACAUCGGCACCAAGGACAAGAUGGAGACCACCGCCGGCUCGUGGUCGCUGCUCGGAUCGGUGCUGCCGCGCGACUCGCACGUCAUCCACCGGCUGCGCAAGGCCGGCGCCCUGCUCCUCGGUAAGGCCACCCUGUCCGAGUGGGCCGACAUGCGCACCAACAACUACAGCGAGGGCUACUCGGGCCGCGGCGGCCAGUGCAGGAGCGCCUACAACCUCGUCGUCAACCCGGGCGGCAGCUCGUCGGGCAGCGGCGUCGCCGUCGGCGCCAACAUGAUUCCCUUUGCGCUCGGCACCGAGACCGACGGCUCCGUCGUCAACCCGGCCUCGCGCAACGGCAUCGUCGGCAUCAAGCCCACCGUCGGCCUGACGUCGCGCGCCGGCGUGGUGCCCGAGUCGCUCAACCAGGACACGGUGGGCGUCCACGCCAAGACGGUGCGCGACGCCACCUACGUCCUCGACGCCAUCUACGGCGUCGACAAGCGGGACAAUGCCACCUCGGCCCAGGUCGGCAAGGUGCCGCCCAAGGCCACCGGCUACAAGCAUUUCCUCACCGACAAGUCGGCGCUGCGCGGCGCCCGCUUCGGCGUGCCGUGGGACAGCUUCUGGCGCCUCGCGCCCGCGACGCAGCAGCAGCAGCUGGGCGAGCUGAUCCGCCUGAUCCGCGACGCCGGCGCCGAGGUCGUCAACGGCACCGAGAUCCCCACGCGCAAGCUCCUCGUCAGCCCCGACGGCUGGAACUGGGACUACGGCACCACGCGCGGCUACCCCAACGAGAGCGAGUACACCUACAUCAAGGUCGACUUCUACAACAACAUCCGCACCUACCUCUCGGAGCUCAACAACACCGACAUCAAGAGCCUCGAGGACAUUGUGCAGUACAACUACGACAACGACGGCGCCGAGGGCGGCAACCCAGGCACCCACCCGGCGUUUGCGUCGGGCCAGGAUGGCUUCCUCGCCUCGCUCGCCACCAAGGGCGAGAUCAACGAGACCUACUGGCAGGCGCUCAACUUCUGCCGCCGCGCCUCGCGCGAGGACGGCAUCGACGCCGCGCUGUACAACAAGGGCGACAAGGUCGACCUCCUCCUGAUCCCCACCGAGGUGGCACAGGCGCCCCAGGUCGCCGCCCAGGCCGGCUACCCGAUCAUCAACCUGCCGGCCGGCGUCACGCCCGAGACGGGCAUGCCCUUCGGCCUCGGCCUGAUGGGCACCGCGUUCAGCGAGGCCACCCUGGUCCGCUACGCAUCGGCCAUCGAGGACCUGCAGAAGACGUCGGGCACCCAGCAGAAGCGCCAGCUGCCGACGUGGCGCAACUACAAGUCGCGCAUCAUCCCCGUGCCCUUUUGA